AUGCUGCAUCACUUGGCCAACGGCGUGAUGAUGCCACGACGAUAUUGGCGGGCCACAGCGUUCCUGGGUGUGUGCACCGUGCUCACCUUUCUCGGCGUGCAGCAGCAGGUGAACAACUUGUCCUCGUCGCCAGAAUACGACACCCAGUGGCGACACGACGCUUCUGUACCCCAGGGUCUGCUGGUCGAUGAAGAAUCGGAUGCUGUGCGUCCGGAUCUAGGGGAGGCUAGACGAGGACGUGUGCUCGUGACAGGCGGCGCGGGCGUCAUUGGCAAGCAGGUCGUUUCCCGACUUCUCUCCGUCAACACUACUGUGACAGUACUCGACAUUGCACGCCACAGCGACGAACUCGAGCAUAUUCAGGCUCAGUACCCCAAUGCAGACCUCCACUUUGUCCAGGGCGACAUUCGCGAUCCAGUGGCGCUUGCGGAAGCCAUCGGCGAUGGCGUUCUCGGUACCAUCCACCUUGCUGGCUACAGCCGCAUCCAGUACUGUCUUGAGAAUCUGAGAGACUGCGAGGACGUCAACGUCGAUGGUACCGAUAAGCUUCUGCAGGCCCUGAAAGGUGACGGGUGGUUCAUCUUGGCCAGUUCAAGCGAGGUAUAUGGCGACGGCGUCGAAGUGUAUGGCCAGGCCCCUACCUUCCCCGUCCGAGAGGACGCGGCGCUGGUUCCCGUGAAUGCAUAUGGCAAGACCAAGAUCGAGGCCGAGGAAUGCGUGCGCGUCUAUGUCCACGGCGCAGCCGUUGCGGACAAGAACAUCAAUGCGGCCAUCCUGCGCCUCUCAACCGUGUACGGUUCCGCCGCCGACCACCAGGAAAACUUUGUGGUGGAUGCCAUGGAGAAGGCGUUGGCUCACCGUCCAAUACAGGUGGCAGGCGACCCCGUGGCCGACCUCAUCCACGUCCAGGACGUGGUCAACGCCAUUGCGGUCACUGUGAACCACCUCAACAAGCUGACCUAUGUCGAAGAGCGUACGGGCGAUAUUGAAAUCUACAACAUUGGCACCAAAGAGUCCAUCAAGGCCACGGACUAUGUGCGCAAGAUAAUGUGGCUCACCAACUCGUCUUCGCCUUUGCAAUCUCUCGAGGCCGAUCCCAACUUGCCCAAGCGCUACGAGGCCGACGUCACGCGCGCCAAAGAGGUCAUGGACUGGGAGGCAAAGAUCACCAUUGACGAGGGUCUCCACCGCCUCGCAAAGGUGUACUUGGCCGACACUGUCGAGUACCUCAGCCGCAAGCAGCAACAUGAGUGCCGCCCCCACCGCAGCUACGGUAUCAACGACCUGCUCAAGCUGCACGGCUGUUCAGGUACACUCGCUGCCGAUGUCGAUGGCCAGCCCUUCUACGCCUUCUGGGACCCAGACAUGAAGGAGGACCCCAACAAUGGCAAGCAGGCAACUCCGGCAAUGUACGGCUGGCGCGACGACAGUGGUCCCCAAGCAUGGGAGUUCCAAGUCCGGAAGAAGGGCAGACGGGCCCAACUCAGUCUCAAGCGCUUCGUUCCUGACAGCAAAGAUGGAGAUGGCAAGGUCGUUGAACCGGGCAAGUGGAUCCAGUUUGAGGCGAUCAACCCGGAAAACCCACUGCGCCACGAAAUUUACUUCACAGCCGACGUGGACCCAGACACUGGCUAUGUGAGCCUCAGCUUUCCAAGCGGUCCUAUGCUUGUUCCCUGGGUAGCACUCCCUCCACCGGGCGGUAAGAACGAAGAGAUGCCCGAUCAUACCAAGACGGCACUGGGCGACUUUCGUUUCCGCCUCACACCAUUCUGCUGCCCCGGUCGCCAGGCGCCGUGGCCAUUCUUCCGUGAUGACCCAGUCACGGCAAACGUUCUCGACUACCGACUGGAGAAGACCCGUGUAUUCAAUGCGUCUCAGAUCAACAUGCUCUGCUCGCGUCUCAAGGAUGCGCAGGGCCUGGCAGAGGUGCGCCUUGAACGGCUCAAGUCGGACCCAGCACCGCACAAACUCGAACUUGCACCUUUCCCCAUGGGCAGGCCGUUCGACUGGCGAAACAGAGGUCGUGAUGUCUGCACCAACCUCUGCGACCACCCUACCCUGUGUGUGGACACUGGUAACUGCGCGUGUGGCCAGGCGGCGUGUAGCACAAAGCCUCGUUUCCCGUUUGCUGCGUUUGCCAAUCGCCGCCUCAACACGACCUCGUAUCCGGCUGAAGUAUCUUGGGAAUGGGAUGGUCUCACAGACGACGCCCAGACACCGUCCUCUUCACACACUUCGCUUCAGGAGCGCGUAAACGAAGGCUCAUGGCUGAACGUUCUUCACCCUUACGCUCGCCGUUACCUCAUGAGCAACCCGCACUACCACCCAGUCACCGUCACGGCCAUUCCUGCCGAAGAGGAGAAGGAACGCCUCAAUGACCCGGACAAGUUCAACCGCGUGCAGACCGAGUGGCACGGCUGCUUCUCGGCCGACAGUGUCAUGGAACGCGCCACACAGCUCAUCUCGACCGAGUACAAGAAGGACAGCUCACUCGUCUUCCUCCCGUACUAUUCGUACACCCAGCGCUUCAAGCCCGUCGAAGAGUGGGCGAAGAAUGCCCUCCAGCACAACCUCCCCAGCGGCGUGGAUGUCGCCGACUUUAUCAUUCCUUUCACCUUCGACUUUGGCAAGUGCAACACCAUCAUCUUCGACCUGUACCGUGUGCGCGACUGGAGCUCGGCUCCUGACGUGAUCGAGCGUGCCUCGUCAUGGCAGACGAUGGGGGAUCUGAAUUCUCCUUGCUACGACAUGGACCAAGAUGUGGUGAUCCCGGCUCGCACAUGCAGACAAGAGGACCUGCGCUCCACGUUUAGCUUGCUCGACAACGUCAAACCGUCACAUCAGCGCUCCACUCUGGUCUUCUUCAAAGGUGCACCGAACGGCGCUGGUGCAUCUGUGCGCUACAAGGUUGCCUGCGAGCGCCCGUACCAGGACAUCAGCGGGAAGCUGACUGGCGCCAAUGAGCUUGCUCGAUACUGGAACGAGUACAACCCCAACACCAAGAAGUUAAGCGACCCAACGGCCUACGUUGAGACCCUCGGUGACACCGUCUUCUGUCCCGUGCCCCGCGGGACGGCCGGCUGGUCGCCACGUAUCACAGAUACAAUCUACGCCGGCUGCAUUCCCGUCCUCCUCGGCGACCAAACACACGAGCCGUUCUGGGACAUGCUGGACUGGUCCAAAUUCUCAGUCCAGAUCAACGACUACGAGAUCGAGCGCCUCGAGCAGAUCCUCAUGUCCUAUUCGUGGGCAGAGGUUGAGGAGAUGCAAGCCAACCUCAUGCUCGUCCGCGAGGCGUUCCUGUACCCGAAAGAAGGACACAUGGAUGACAACCUCAAGGGCCACGGACCGUUCUUCUUCGCCAUGCAUACCGCGAGUCUCCUCAAGCGCACCACAUUCCCAAUUUAG